AUGGCGACCUUUGAUCAAGCUGAAUUUGAUGAGGUUCUCAGAGACCUGGACGAGCAUCACCAGCGCGUUGAUCGUGCACCCACUCAGAAACAACUGCUGGGACCUUUCACGAUUGUGUGCCUAUUUUUGAACCGAUCUGGUAUAUUUGUUGCUCCGGCGAAAGUCUUGAGCGGUACUGGUAGUAUCGGCGGCGCCUUGCUCCUAUGGGCCUUCGGCGCCGUUGUACACCUCUGUGGUCUAUUGAUCUGGCUGGAACUCGGUCUUUCCGUUCCUUUUCGAAACAUACCGGGAAGCAAUGAGAAGAAAAGCGUGCCGCGAAGUGGAGGAGAGAAGAACUACCUCGAAUUCCUCUUCAGCAAGCCCCACUACUUGAUCACGUGCAUGUAUGGGAUACCAUACAUCAUACUGGGCAAUCUCUCCGGCAACUCGAUUGCCAUCGGAUCCUUUGCGAUGCAGGCCGCCGACCGUCCGCAGGAUAGAGGUACCAUCAUCGCAAUUGCGCUCACCGUUCUUACAGCCGCAGUCUUACUACACGUCUGCUCUCGCAGAGGUGGCAUCCUAGUCAACAACGCUUUCGCCAUAGUGAAAGUCCUUAUCCUGAUCUCGAUCAUCGUAUUGGGCUUCAUCAACGCUGGAGGUAACCGACUAGGAGGAAGCCCGCCGGCCACAGAGAACUUCAAUCCGGACAUUUCUUUCAGCAGCAGGAAACGUGGAGUCACAGACUAUGCGGACGCGUUUAUGUACGUGUUGUACUCGUAUUCCGGAUUCCAACAGCCGUUUUACGUGCUCAGCGAAGUACGUACGCCGAGGAAGAUCUUUCCGAAGUCCACUCUGUUCGCAUUGGCUGUAGGCGCUACGCUUUUCAUGCUUGUGAACGUUGCAUACUUCAUGGCUGUGCCCAAGGACGUGCAGCUCAACAGCCCGGAAACUGCUAUGGCGACUCUGUUCUUCGGCCGCACGUUCGGAAACAAGAUGGCGCAGCAGGCUUUGGCGGGCUUGGUAGCCUUCUCAAUUUUCGGCAACGUUGUGGUGAUGACUUUCACUGCAUCCAGGGUCAAGCAAGAGAUAGCAAAGGAGGGUAUCCUUCCCUUCUCGCUCUUCUUCGCAACUAGCCGCACCACCCCGUAUGCGUGGCUGAAGGCAAGAUGGAGGCCGAAACCCGCAGUCGGUACCGGCGACAGUCACCUGGAGCAGACUCCGAUGGCCGCCCUGGGACUGCACUGGGCCAUGUCCAUAAUCCUUGUUGCUGCUACGGCAAUGCUUCCGCCGGCGACAUCGUGGUCGGUCCUGGUCGAGCUCUACAGCUACGUCGUCAGAAUCUUAGUGCCCAUGGUCGUUUCGGGCGGGCUGCUAUACCUCAAGUUUAACCGGCGCAUAAAAUGGUCAUCGAAAGCGAACUUCAAGCCAUGGACAGGACCUGUUCACGUUGUGAUCUACUUCGCGACCUUGGCUUUCCUCGCCGUCGUCUCCUUUGUCAAACCGCCAGCUGAUUCGCCGUUUGCUUCCGCCGCCGGCCAUGUGAAGUGGUUCAUCGUUCCGUCCGUAGGCAUCUCGGCCUUGCUGUGGGGACUGAUUUGGUUCUUGGGGCUCAAGUCAGUGAUGUGGGCGAGAGGAAGGGAAAUAAGAGUGAUACGAACGCCCGUUAUCGUGCCGGACGGCGAUGGGCAAUGGGUGCAGAAGGCUGAACUGAUUGACCAUGGAUGGUACACAAAACAACGACCGACGAAGCGAGAAUCGCCGUUCGUAGAUGGAGAAUCAGACUCGAACUCGGUGUCGAUAUCGGUGUAG